AUUCACGGUUGGUAGGGACAGACAGAAAAUUGUAGUAUAGGCAGUGUGGACCAAUCCACGGUCGUAUGAUUAAAGUUUAUUGGACAACACAGGUUUGCGACAACAAACAGCCCUGCAAUGAUGCAAUGGACACAUGGACCUGUCGGGGCCGGAGCUGUUGACCAGCUCCCAUGAUUUAACUUGGACUGAUGAUGCGGCUCUGUUGUGUUAUCCUAAGCUUUGGGAGGGAUUCCGGGGGCGAAAGAAGGGAAAAGUGGAUUACGGCUGAUGGGGGGGGGGGCGGCUCUUAUUGGCCCCGGGAAUGCGGCGGCAUGCCAUCAGGGAGGCCAGAAAGGAUGGAUGGAUCAGGAGCCUAGCAGUAGUCCAAGCGGCACAAGUGCGACCAAAGGCACAGGCAUCAGCAAGAGUGAUGAUGAUCCUUGCCCUGGAGCAGCGGUCAAGCGGGAACUCCCAAAGGGGGUGGUUACCAAUCUAACGUCCGUCGAGCCUCUUCGCACCAAGAAAAAGUUCCUGCCCUGGGUUACCAGGGGACACCUGGGCAAGGCUGUGUUGGAGUGCGCCGUGCCACUGAGAGCUGAGCGGGUGGGAGAUUACUGGUUACUGGUGACUGUUAGGCAGUGGCAUUUCCCGCUAAUUUUAGCAUGUUUUUGCCCCCCGGGUUGGCAAUCGGUCCAGCUCCAGCAAUCCAGCAGCUGCCCCAGCCAGAAUCGCGAUUCGCAAGACAGGUCGCAUCGACUCACCGGAUUUGGAGGCUCAACUGCGCUGUGGCCAAGCCGUAAAUGAUUUGAUGGGGGGGAGAGUCCGAGUUACGCAAGGAGGCGGCCGGAUCUGACGAUACGAAAGCCCGGUGGGAUCGGACUUUGCAGCCUCCCCCCGAUCGCCCAACAUGGUUACUGACCUCUUUCCUCGGUGGGUUUAAUCUCAACCGUCUACACGAAACUUUGAAGCUAAUUUAGCUUCCCAAGAGCCCAAAGAGGAGGCUGAAAGGACACUGCGCCGUACGAAGUACGAAGAUUAC